AUGAUGCAGGAGCUGGUGGCUGGCGUGGAGAAGAUCAGGUUUGACUCGGAGGCUGACGUGGAGGAGCUCGGAGCUCGACCCCUGCCCUUCCUGGGGAGGGCUGUGCAGGGACACAGGGGACAGGCUGGCUGUGACAGGGCUCUCCCAGGUGUCCAGGGCCACCCCCGGCCCGGCGGGGCCAAGCCCGCGGUGUGCAAACAUUGGCUGCGAGGGCUCUGCAAGAGGGGCGACGGCUGCGGCUUCCUGCACGACUCGGAUGCCAGCAGGAUGCCCGAGUGCUGCUUCUACUCCAAGUUCGGUGAGUGCAGCAACAAGGACUGUCCCUUCCUGCACCUCGAUGGCACCGCCAGCACCGUGGGCUGUCCCUGGUACGACCGAGGCUUCUGCAGGCACGGUCCCCUGUGCAAGUACAAGCACACCAGGAGGGUGAUGUGUGCCAACUACCUGGUGGGCUUCUGCCCCGAGGGACCCAAGUGCAAAUUCGUGCACCUCAAGGCCGGGCUGAUGACGAGCAGCACAGACCCAGCCAAGGAAGCUGGAUAUCCAUGGGGGCUGCUACAGCGGGAUCUGGCUGCUGCAGAGGACAUGGGAGGUGAGGAUGAGCCACCCAAGGAGCCACCUCCACGUGGCACCCAGCACCUGGCAGCUCCUCUGUGGGACACCAGCUGCUGCCCCCAGAGCCCACAGAGCCCGAUGGAAGGAGGCACCUGCUCCAAGAGCGGAUCAGGCAGUCCCUGUGCCAGUGAGAGCGGGAGGACUGCGCUGGGAAUGCUGCUGGGAGAGUGACUCCAGCGCUGCCACACGGCUCAGGGAAGGAGGACACGACGGAACACGAUGGACACGGCACCGGGGCAGCGGCUGGACUAGGGAAGGCAGCAGGGUUUGGCCAGCACC